GUCGCCAUAGAGACGGAGCCGCUUGGCCCCGCCGCUGCUGCGGCGCCGCGGGGACGGGGAGGAAGGCGGGAUUAGCGCGGAAGCCGCCGGGGCUUGGGAGCCGGCCGCCGAGGGAGCGGUGCCCGCCGCUCUGCGCUCUCUCCCUCCUGCUGCCGGCGCAGUUACGACAUACCUACGUAUCUUUUUUUAAUGUUCCAUCCGAACAACUGAAAUGAGACUGAAGACUUCACUUUUAAAGGAACCAAAACAUAAAGAAUUAGUUAGCUGUGUGGGAUGGACUACAGCUGAUGAGCUAUAUUCCUGCAGUGAUGAUCACCAAAUUAUGAAAUGGAACCUUUUAACUAGUGAGACUACUCGAGUAGUGAAACUCCCAGAUGAUAUUUAUCCCAUAGAUCUUCACUGGUUUCCCAGAAGUAUAGGUGGGAAGAAGCAGUCCCAUGCUGAGAGCUUUGUUCUCACAAGUUCUGAUGGGAAGUUCCACUUGAUCUCAAAGUUAGGAAGAGUAGAGAAAAGCGUGGAAGCGCACUGUGGAGCUGUACUUGCAGGAAGGUGGAAUUAUGAAGGAACAGCACUGGUCACAGUUGGUGAAGAUGGCCAAGUGAAAAUCUGGUCUAAAAGUGGAAUGCUGAGAUCCACUUUAGCUCAGCAAGGAACACCAGUGUACUCAGUAGCCUGGGGACCUGAUUCUGAAAAAGUUCUCUAUACUUCAGGGAAGCAGCUGAUUAUUAAACCUCUUCAGCCAAAUGCUAAAGUUUUGCAGUGGAAAGCCCAUGAUGGACUUAUUUUAAAAACUGACUGGAACUCAGUUAAUGAUCUUAUUCUUUCUGCAGGUGAAGAUUGUAAAUACAAGGUUUGGGACAGUUACGGACGUCUCCUGUACAGCUCACAGUCCCAUGAAUAUCCUAUAACAUCUAUUGCCUGGGCUGGGGAUGGAGAAUUAUUUGCUGUGGGGUCUUUUCAUACUUUGCGUCUAUGCGAUAAAACUGGGUGGUCUUAUGCCUUAGAGAAGCCCAACACUGGCAGCAUAUUUAAUAUUGCUUGGUCUAUUGAUGGCACUCAACUAGCUGGAGCGUGUGGAAAUGGACAUGUCAUUUUUGCCCAUGUCGUGGAGCAACACUGGGAGUGGAAGAACUUUGAAAUAACAUUAAUUAAGAGGAGAACCAUGGAGGUGCACAAUGUUAUUAAUGAUGCAGUAGACUUGUUGGAAUUCCGUGACAGGGUUAUUAAGGCCUCUUUGAACUACGGGCAUUUGGUUGUUUCAACUUCUCUUCAGUGUUAUGUGUUUUCUACAAAGAACUGGAAUACACCACUGAUCUUUGACCUGAAGGAAGGAACAGUUAGUUUGAUUCUACAAGCAGAAAGGCAUUUUCUUCUUGUAGAUGGUGGAGGACUUUAUUUAUAUUCAUAUGAAGGAAGAUUAAUUUCCUCUCCAAAAUUUCCAGGAAUGAGAACAGACAUUUUAAAUGCCCAGAUGGUAUCUUUGAGUAAUGAUACUCUAGCAGUAAAAGACAAAGCUGAUGAAAAGGUUAUCUACAUAUUUGAAGCUUUAUCUGGAAAGCCUUUGGGUGAUGGAAAACCUCUAACCCAUAAGACGGAAAUUGUGGAGAUUGCUUUGGACCAGAAAGGACUUACAAGUGAAAGAAAAAUAGCUUUUAUUGAUAAGAACAGAGAUCUUUACAUUACUUCAGUGAAGCGGUUUGGAAAAGAACAGAAGAUUGUCAAAAUAGGGACAAUGGUUCAAACUUUGGCUUGGAAUGACACAUCUAACAUUCUCUGUGGGAUUCAAGAUACCCGGUUUACAGUCUGGUACUACCCCAACACAGUCUAUGUAGACAAAGAUCUUUUGCCAAAAACUUUGUAUGAAAAAGAUGCAAGUGGAUUUAGCAAAAAUCCGCAGAUUGUACAUUUUGUAGGAAAUCAAAUAACAAUUAGAAGAGCAGAUGGUUCACUUAUUCACCUUAAUAUUUCACCUUAUCCUGCGAUUCUUCAUGAAUAUGUUAGUAGUUCUAAAUGGGAAGAUGCUGUCAGAUUGUGUCGCUUUGUCAAGGAUCAAACUAUGUGGGCAUGUUUAGCUGCUAUGGCAGUUGCCAACAAAGACAUGGCUACAGCAGAAAUCGCCUAUGCAUCAAUUGGUGAGAUUGACAAAGUUCAAUAUAUCAAUUCCAUCAAAGAUCUUCCAUCAAAAGAGUCAAGGAUGGCUCAUAUCAUGCUGUUCAGUGGAAACACCCAAGAAGCUGAAACCCUGCUUCUUCAAACAGGCCUUAUUUAUCAAGCUAUUCAAGUCAACAUUAAUCUUUACAAUUGGGAUAGGGCUCUCGAACUAGCGGUAAAGCACAAGACACAUGUUGACACGGUCCUGGCUUAUCGACAAAAGUUCCUUGAGGACUUUGGUAAAAAAGAGACGAACAAAAGAUUUUUGCAAUAUGCAGAAGGUCUGGAAGUUGAUUGGGAUAAAAUCAAAGCCAAAAUAGAGAUGGAAAUCGCUAAAGAAAGAGAACGAGCAGCAGCCAGCCCCGCAGCGAGAGCUAGUGUAACUGUGCAGCAGUAACUGUCCUUCUGGUCACCUCUUCAGUGCUUCUGGAUUAGUUUGUACUGGCAUAUUUUGACAAAUAUGAAUAAAAAAAAAGCCACAGCAAACGUUUUGUGGGAACGGGACUGAGAAUUGGUGUAGUUCUUGCUAUUUGUUGGAUGACAGGCAGAAUUCUUUAUUUGCUACAGUCUCAUUUUGAGCUGGGUGUACGUUCUGAUGCCCUAGCUCCAGUGAGUAACCACACUGCAGUCCAUAAUACAUGUAUGAGGAAAAAAUGGGAAUUAACUGUCUUUCCAUUAGUGGCUUUUAAAUUUUCAUUGCCGUUAAAAUUAACCAUGGUUGCCUCUAAUUAAGUAUCGGUUUCCCUGUUUAAGCACCUAGUUAAGUAGUUUGGCUAUUUCUGCAGCCUCAGGGACCUCUGAAAAGACGUGUUUAAAUUGCCUUGAAACAAAUUUAGCAAACUGUUAAGUGUCGAAUAUUAAAAAAGGAGUUUGCACCAAUAAAGUACAGAAGAAUAUUUCACUCGCAGUUACAGUAAUCCAUAUUUCUGCUACUACAUAUAUACUAGCAAGUACUUUAGUAGAGGAUUCAGAUUACAUCAGCAGUUCAGGUUUGUCACUGUAGCAAACUAUUUAGCAGUAAAGGGUAUUUUCUGAGAUAAUGUAAAUUAUUUAAAAUACUAUGGAAUGCACUUUGAAUGUUGUUUGAAAUAACAAACAGCAUUGUUGGUUGGUUUUGUAGUGUCUAACAUGUGUAACUGACAACAAUAUUGGGAGCUUCCUUAAGGUUAAAAUGUCAUAUUCAUUUAAAAUAAGGAAGAGCUUCCCAUAUAUUUUCUCUGCCCGAAGCACUUGAUUUGAAAAUACUGGUUUUACAUUUGUGUUAUUUCAUCAAGAUAUAUUUUUCUUUGUUUUACCUUUGAAAGUGGCUGCAUUUGUUAGAUGGUCUUUGCAGAAGCCCUUUGCAUUAUAAAUAUAUGAGCAGGUUAUUCAUAAUUGACAUUGUGUAAUAUGUAUCUUUCAGAUAUUACCAUCAAAAUGUUCAAGAUCUGUAUAUCUGGCAAAUAUCUGUUUUGUAAAGCAUUUUUUGACACUUUUUUGCAUAGUUCAUAAAUUUCUUAAUAAAAACAAAUAAAGGCUUGUUGGGUUUUUUUAAAAAA